AAUAUCAAUUAUCGUGGAAAGAUGCAAUCUUAUUUCAUCCAUAGAUAGGUAGAUAAUUUCAUUACCUUUCUGUAUUUUGAUUAGGGCACUAAUAUAGCUGUGAUUGAUUAAUAGAUACUGACUUGUUAGUUUGAAUUAUGGAUCCUGUUAGUUUUUCUGGAGACGACGAUAAUAUAAUUGAAUUCCAAAAAAAUACCUUGAAAUUCAAAAAGGAACAAGAAAAGAGAUGGACAUCAUUUUUUUCGAAACAUUCAGUUGAUAUGAACCUGGAGCCUAUUCCAUCUGUUGGUAUAUAUGAAGUCCGAAAUGACUUCGAUUCAAAAAGCGAAGAGAACUCCUCAGUUGACCAAUCUGACGAAAAAAUUGAACGCAAAAACAAUGUAGAAGUAACAAAUGUGAGUAAAAAAAAUAGAAAAAACUGGUUUCCUAAAAAAGUACCUACAGUCUUAAGAGUAAAUGAUGAAAAAACUGAUUCCUUACUUGAGCAGUCUGAAGAAAUAAUUGAAUCAGAAAGUCAUGAAGUACUUGAAAAUAUUGAAACCAUCAAGAAAAAUAAACUACCUAAAAUAAUUCCUAAAGUUGAAAUAAUAGGGUCAGAUAUAUUACCAGGCAAUGCAAUUGAAAAAAGCAAUACAAACUGCUUUAUUGUCGAACAAUCGAAAGGAAUAAUUGAAACUGAAAGCAAUGACGGAGAAAAUGUAGGAAAAGAGAAUAAUAAAACGGAGGUCUGUCAAAUGAUAUCUACACUUACUAAUAGUUAUUCUAAAGGAUGUGGAUAUCAAUUAAAAUUAUCAGAUAAUAUGUCAAAAAUAGCAAUCCAAAAAGUGCUGGUAAAUUUUAUUGAAGGUGAUUUGAAAAGUAGAUUAGGAUAUUAUUUUGUUUUCUUAUAUAGCUCUUGCAUACAAAGAGACAAAAAUCAGGACCUAUGGAGAGAUGUAUUUGUGAAGGAGUUCAUUAAGGUGGGAAAAAAAGUGAAUAACAAGGACAUUCUUACAUACAUACAAAGAAUUUUUGAUCCUGCUAAACCUAUAAAUUCUAAAGCUCUUAUUGAUACAAUAGAAAAUAAAUAUAAAAGUGAAUUAAGAUCAUAUUUUGAAAGAGCAUAUGAUAGUGAUCAUUCUUCUGAUGAGGAAAUUUGGAAUAAGAUACAUAUGGAAUGGAAUAGAUUGAAUAAAGAUAUUCCUGAAAAAUGUCUUUGUGUAUAUCAUAGGCAACUAUUUGGUCCUAUCUCAAUCAUGAAUUCUUAAUUUUUAUUGAUGUUAUAAUGGAUGCUUAUAAAUGUUGAAAGAGUAAUACAAACACAUUUAUCUCAAGCAAGUGAUGAAAAUUCAAAACGACUUCUUCCGAGUGAGGAUCAUAUAAUGAAGAAAGAAGUUUAAGGCCUAAACUGUAGUAUAAUGUUUAAAAUAAAACUUCAUUUUUUAAUUAUUA